AUGCCUCUCCGCCGGAAGGGGUUGACUGAGUACAAGAAGAACUUCAAAUGGAGAAAAGCAGAUCAAUUUAAACUUUGUAGCCCCAUGCAUGAGCAAAAAUGCCGGUGGGCUGGACUUCGAUCAGAUCAGCUUGGAAUUGCAAAAGAACCAAAUUUUAUUUCCAAGAGAAGAGUGCCAUAUUACAGCACACAGAUUUCAAAGUCCUUUGAGUGGAACAGGGAUAAUGAUUGCGAGACAGAUAAACCAUCAGAACGUGAAGCUCCUCCACCACUGGAGUUGCAAACGAAUCACACCAAAGAUGAUGUAAAUCAGGAAAACAUUAAGACACCUGAUGCUCCCAGGCUUCCUGAAAAAAUGCAUCCUAGUUCUGCAGGUUCUAGACCAGAACCAACUCUACUUCUUUCAGCAAACAGGAAGUUAUCGCCCAAAACUCCAGUGCAUGAAAAUGGAAUAUCAGCACCUACAGAAAAGGACUUAGGAAAAUUUGACAACGGGCUUAAGAGAGUCUUGCAGAGGAAAGCAGGCGUGAAUAUUUUACGAUCAAGGAGCUUCCCCAGAAGUUCUGAGUAUCAAAGGCAGUUUGUUUGGAAGACCCCAGAGAAAAUCUCUCCACUACUUGCGGCAGACCAGGUUAUUCACAGUGCAAGUAAAUCUAUUCCUCCGUACAAGUCUCCUGCAAUUAUUCCUGAAACUGAAUAUGAAAGAUGUUUUAAAGCUUCUCCCCCUAUGAAAGAACGGAGAGAAACACAUCAUUUGGAAGAGAAAGACCAUCCUAUAUUUGAUCCUGUAGAAGCAUCUCCUGGAGAAAAGAAAGAGAAAAAAGAAUCACUUCCAAAGAUCCCAGAAUAUUCACCAAAAGAAAGCAAAUCAGAAACUGAACAGAAACAACAACAUAAACAAAAACAUAAACCACACUGCUUACAUAGAAGUCUUAGGAAGAUGAACACCGAAUACAGAUCAAAAUUUUUGUCUCCCACUCAAUACAUAUACAAAGAUGGAGCUUGGAUGCGUAUCAGGAGAAAUGUACCUGGUCAAGGUUCUCGAAACACCCUAAAUUACAUGUGGUAUAUGGAGGUAAAAGAACUGCGAGAGAAAGCAGAGGCUUACAGGCAAAGGAUACAGGGAACCCACUUCUCCAGAGACCAUUUAAACCAGAUUAUGUCUGAUAACAACAGACUGUGGGAUUUGUCUUCCGAGUCGAGUGUAGAAGAAGCCAUUAGCAACAACGUCAGAGCUCUAGAUCUGGCUGGGGUCUCUGAGAAGCAGGUCUCUCCAAGUCCUAAGGCAUUGCCACAGCCCGAAAUGUCAGAACAGCUAACCAAAAACAACACUGAGAAGCUGGGCCUAUCAGAUGCUGCUACUGUUCCAAUCAAACGGCGCCUAGCUUGGGGUGAACUGGGCACUGCUGAAAAACUGGAAGAUUUGCCACUGGAGGAAGGAGAGGAAAAAGCAAAUAAGCGGGAAUCAGAAGAGUUUGAAAAAGGAAGCAAUAAGGAUAGCAAUACAAAAAAACAGCAAGUAGGAAAUAUCUCACUUGUGAGUCCCUCAGGUGAUAGGUCAGAUUGCUCUUCAGUGUCUUCAAGAAAGGGUGGUAGAGUUUCCACGCCAGAGCUAAGAGUUCUUGGUGGAGCCCAAAGAACUCAUCAUGACCUUACCACACCUGCAGCUGGAGGUGCUGUUCUAGUAUCUCCUCCUAAAAUGAAGUCUUCGUCCUCGGUACAAGUAAAGAAGGGGUCUUCAGACAAUCAGGAUGAGGUAGAAGCUACACUGCUGCCUUCUCCCUCAGCUGCUGGAUUGAAAACUCAAGACCCUUUGCUGCUACAGAAAGAUCAGUGGCCUGGACUAGGUCGCUGUGGUGUAAGAACUCCUCCAACUACAAUGCCUUCAGAGCAUACAUCUACAGUCCCUGCAUUAAAGCCAGGAAAGGAGUCUGCUUCAUCCUAUUGGAGUCCAUCAUGCCGAAUUCAAGGAACUCUCCGGGAUCCAGAGUUUCAGCAUAAUGGAAAUGUGGCAAGCCCAAAAAGGAGCUGGCUGCAGUUACCUCUCCAGGAGAGAAACUAUAAUGAUGAAGAUGAUGAUAGAUUGUCCCAACUCUCUGCUCGGUCAGCUGCUUCUAGUUCCCUGGCAUCUCAAGUUCUAGAACGAGCUCAAAGAAGAAAAGAGAACUUCUGGGGCAAGAUGUGAUCUGUUCUGCUAUAUUUGGAAUUUCUUUAAGUGGGAAA